ACCCGGAUUGGGUUCGGAGCUCGUCGGGGAAAGAGGAGCGAUAACCAUGGCGUGUCAUAUUCGUUAUUCUCUCGUUCCUCACAAGUUCAAAACAUCUCUUUCAUCUUCCAACCUCUUUUCAGUAUCAUCUAUUCCUUUCUAUCGGCAUCUCAAGAAUCUACAUUUUCCAUUGGCGCCGCGCGCCAAUUUGAGAUGCACCAGUUCAAGUUCUUUAUCAACAACAUCUAGUAGCUUCACCUGGAACGAUGUUUUCAGAAUCGCCCAAACAGACUCCCAUUCUUCCGAUCUCCAAGGCUUCAUCGACAAAGUCAAAACCUGCAAUCGCGGAUACGACGAACAACGCCACGAUUUCAUUCCUUUUGUUAUGGAGGACCAGAUCGUCGGCUAUGUUCACACUGGGUUUGCUGAUCAUUUGAGGAGGUUCCAAGAUGUGUUUACUUUCUUCAAUGACAAAUACUUUGGCAGUCCGUUAGAUGCUGGAAUGACUCUAAAUGAAAAGCUGAAAAGUCCAGAGGAAAGAACCAAGGCUGUUGGGGAUGUAGUUAAAAUCCUAGGAGAAAAGCUCAUACCAGGUAUAAGGAACGAGCUUUACCCCGUUGCCUCAUCCUUUGGAAUGCCUGUCUUUUUCUCGCUAGAAAGAGCAGCUGCACCUUACUUUGGGAUAAAGGCCUAUGGAGUUCACAUGAAUGGUUAUGUUGAAAAAGAUGGUGAGAAAUACCUUUGGAUAGGGAAGAGGAGCGAAGCAAAACCAACCUUUCCUGGAAUGCUCGAUCAUCUUGUUGCUGGAGGGCUGCCUCAUGGAAUUCCAUGCGGGGAAAACCUUAUCAAGGAAUGUGAUGAGGAAGCAGGGAUACCUCGGUCAAUUUCCAACAAGGCUAUACCUGUUGGUGCAGUCUCCUACAAUGAUAUAGAUGGAUUUAGAUACAAAAGAGAUGUUCUAUUCUGUUAUGACCUUAAACUUCCACAAGAUUUUGUUCCUAAUAAUCAAGAUGGAGAAGUGGGGAGCUUUAAAUUGAUGGAAGUGUCUGGUGUGGGCAAUGUCAUAAACAAAACACAGUUUUUCAAAGCAAAUUGCAAUCUUGUCAUCAUUGACUUCCUUUUUCGCCAUGGGUACAUCAUGCCUGAAGAAACUGGAUAUCUGAAGCUUCUUCAAAGUUUGAGAACCGCCGACUCCUCCUAGAUUAUUGAAACCAGCUCAUCCGAUCCUGAUCUUAUUUGAAAACGUGAAUUUUUAUUUUUAUUGUAUGAAUACAGAUUCAUAUGAUUUCAUACUGGUGAGUGAUGAUCAUUUAGAUUUGGAUUAUAAUAAUACAAUUUAUAAAAUAAAAAGCUAACAGUUUUAAGUGUA